CCUUUGGAGAUCAGCAAAGAAACCAAAGCGAAGCAACAGCUUGCAAAUGUGUCCUCCUCCAGGCCUAAUUACUCCCAGCCGUGACUGAGCGGUGCUUUUACGCGCAGAUUGAAAGGGAAAGGUAGAAGGACAGCAGUCUGUGGCGAUGAAAGCAAAUUGGUAUCUCUGUAUUUUCUGGAGUGUUUUAUCACUUGGCCUCAGCAGUGCAGCGGAUACUUAUGAAUCUCCAUUUGCUAGAAGGAAAAAGGUUUUCAAACUGGAUACUCCUCAGUCCAAACCGAUCAAGCUGUCAGCAGCAGGGCGACAGAAAAUCACCUGCCAGUACCACUCCACUGUCUCAACCCAGCUCUCGAAGGCCCUACCCUCCUGUUACACCCCGAUCCAUGCGCCCAGCAAAGAUCCAGUCGGACUUCGCUUACCUCCCCGACGUCUCUGUGACCUGCUCUACGUCUGACUUUGUUGUUCGGGUCAAACCGGCUUUCUACGGUCUGGGCGCGGAUGCAGAUGAGCUGAAACUAGGCAGCAGUUGCAAGAGCAACGGGGUUCUCGGACCGUACGGUGACUUCCUCUUCACAUACCCCCUGACAGCGUGUGAUGCCGUGCGCGAGACGCCUCAAGGUUACCUGGUCUACAGAUUCGUGCUCCAUUAUGAGCCUUCGCCAAAACGGUUGCUAAGCAGAGCGCACCGGAUCGACGUUGACAUUGAAUGCCAUUAUCAAAGGAACCAUCAUGUGUACCAGCUGGCUGUAAAGCCCACCUGGCAAACUGCUGUUUUGCGUAAAAGGCUGAUGGGGCGUCCCAGUGAUUUCCAGAUCAAGCUGAUGGAUGAUUCAUGGACCAUACCAGCCAAGUCCCAGGUGUACCAGCUCGGGCAGACAGUACAUUUCCAGGUCUCUGCUAUGCAUCUCCCCUCUGGAGGAAAAUUGUACAUCAGUAGCUGCUAUGCAACACCAUCCAGUGGCUCUAAAUCGUCCCUGAAAUACACCAUCAUUGGCAAUUUUGGCUGUAUGCUGGACAGCAAGACAGACCCGGGUGCCUCUCAGUUCAUCUAUCGGACGGACAAGACCCUGCGAUUCUCCCUGAAGGCCUUCCAGUUUACUGCUGACCCUGACACUGAGGUCAGCAUUCACUGCAAAUUAUCCAUCACAUCAGAGGAACCAAGUCCUGCACACAAAUCUUGCACCUUCACAGGGACCAGGUGGAAGGCCCUGACUGGUGACGACUCCAUAUGUGAAUGCUGUGAUUCAAAAUGUGUCACCUCUAAAUCCCGGAGGGCCAUGAUGGAAGGCUCUGCCAGCAGUGAGUCGCUGCUAGUCUCCGAUCAGCCGUACACAGCAGAAGAUGGUUUUCUACCAGUCAGCCCCUCGCUUGACAGCGUGAGCAACAAAGGCAAGACCACAGUGAGUCGUCACAUUGAUAAGCUGCACAGUCAUGACCAUCUGCGGGAAAGUGCAGCUGUAGUAAAGUAUGGUGAUGACGAUGAUUAUGAUGACCAAGACGAAGAAGGCUACAUGGAAGAGGAGCUUGAAGAAGAUGAAGUGGAAAGCAGGGUUAUCCUGGGAGUGAUGACAGAGCCCAAGUUAGAGUUCAGGCAUGGUGUUUUAGUGGAGGAGAAGAGAGAAGCUGAAAUAAUGGAUUUAAAUGAGUUUGAAGAGGAUGGCUCUGGGUAUGAAGUCGAAGAGGAUUUUUUGGAGGGUGAAGAAGAAGGAGAAACAUCUGAGGAAAGAGAAGAUGAGACCUCUUAUGCACAGCAGGUGAUCCAUUUGAGUCAGAAGGAAGGUGAAGUAUUCCGUCACUGGGCGCAGGUGGAGCAACUAAAAGUCACCCUACAGAAAGAGGUGCAGCCGCUGGUCUCGGAAGGUGAGGAAGAAAACAGGAAGUAUGCAGAUAGCGGUGAAGAGCAUGAGAGGACAGCUGAUGUGGAGAGGAAGAAUGAUGACAGUCUGACAGAAAAUGUAGCAGAUGAUGGGGAGAUAACUUGGUAUUUCACAUGGAGGUAGUAUUAGAUAAGUGCAUCUGAUGAGUACUCUGCUUAAAGACUGUUCUAACUCUUCAUAACAAAUUUAAUUUCAAUGGAAAUAAACAUAACAAUGCAAUUGACACGCCAUCUUUUGUCAUAAUUUACAUCAGACUAACAUGGAAAAUAUUAGUCUAAAACUACACACCUGUAGGUAUGUAGUGGAA